AUGGAAGCUUUAGAAGGUUUGGAUAGAAUCAGCAUCCUUCCUCAAAACAUAACCGAAAAGAUUCUAAUUCUUCUGCCAAUCCCAGACGCAUUGAAGACGAGCAUCUUGUCAAGGAAGUGGAGAUAUUGUUGGGCGAGCAUUCCGGUACUUACAUUUAACGACCAAAUGUUUGAAGGAUCAUCAUCUAGUGGCAUACAAAAUAUGAGCCAAAAACUUGAUACCGUCUAUCAAGUUUUGCUGCAACACAAAAGUCCGCUAGUGGGGUUUACUUUGUCUAUUGAACUAGAGAUGGUUUCUAAAGUCGACCAAAUCGUUUCUUAUGUUGUUUCAAGAUGCAAUAGUACAUUGAAGAAUGUCAGCAUACUCAACCGUACUUCAUCACCCAAUAACCACUACAAGCUGCCCUGUUCCUUUUUCUCAUUAGGAGGAUUAGAACAAUUGGAGCUCGUACGUUGUGAUUUCGAGCCUCCACCAAACUUUACUGGCUUUCCUUCACUGAGGUGGCUAAGUUUUUUCAAUACUGUGAUUUCCGCCAAGAUGCUAAAACAUUUCCUAACACUUUGCCCGCGAGUUGAUGAACUGUUUUUGAUCGGAUUACAAGAGGAGGAUUUUAGAAGAGAAGACACGUUCACAUUUGUUGAGCUUUUCGAACUUCUUCCUUCAAUUAAGGUUUUGGCACUCUCAAAGUAUUAUUUCUGGUAUUUUGCUUCAGGUAAUAUGCCAAAAAAACUCCCAAUUUCAUUAGUCCAUCUCAAAAUUCUCUUUUUGGGUGUGUUCUUUCUGGAUCCUGUUGAGGUUUCAUCUACUCUUUGGUUAAUCAAGAGCUCUCCAAAUUUAAAGGAACUUAUGCUCAAGUUACAUCCUCCACCAAUUCCCAUGGAUAAUAUUAUUGUUAAUAUUGGUCUCCAAGACCACACUGGCUUCAACUUGGAUAAUCUUGAAGAAUUGGGGAUGUAUUCUUUCAGUAACUUACCUAUCGAGAUGGAAUUCAUGAAGCUCAUCAUGGCCAACUCAUCUGCGCUGAAGAAAGUACUAGUAGAGCUUGAUGAAAAUGUUUCUGUUGAUCAAGAAGUAGAGAUGUAUAGAGACUUGAUAUGGAAGCCAUUUCCACGUGCAUCACCUUCAGCCGAAUUGAUCAUUCAACGCCCAAAAACUUCGGACUAA